AUGCUACAGGUUAUACUUGCAGCUUCAAUAUGCACUAGAGGCGGCAAAGCUAUUCUUUCCCGUCAAUUCAGAGAUAUUUCAAAAGCAAGAAUAGAAGGACUAUUAGCAGCAUUUUCUCAACUAACAAGUACUGAAGCACACCAUACUACUAUUGAAACUGAUUAUAUACGUUAUGUCUAUCAACCUUUAGAAGAACUUUAUAUGAUUCUUAUUACUAAUCUUCAUUCUAAUAUUUUGCAUGAUAUAAACACUCUUCAUCUUUUUACUCAAACAGUAGUAAAUAUAUGUCGUUCUUAUGAUGAACAAGAAAUUUUACGUAAUGCAUUUGAGUUACUUAAUGCUUUUGACGAAAUAACAUCAUUUGGCUACCAAGAAAAUCUUUCUUUUGCUCAAAUAAAAAGUUUCCUUGAAAUGGAUAGCCAUGAAGAAAAAAUUCAAGAAAUAAUUGCUAAAAAUAAAGAAUUAGAAGCAGGUGAAGAACGCAAAAGAAGAGUAAAACAAUUCGAGCUACAAAGAAAAGAAUCAUCAAAAAAAGGAUUUAGUAACUUUCAAUUGCUUUCUAAUAAUCAGUAUCAAUUGACUUCUUAUUCAUCGUAUAAUACCGAUUCUGUCCGUAAUGUAGAAGAUAACCAAAAUCAAAUAAACAAACCAUCUACAUUAAAAGGCAAAGGAAUGCAUUUAGGAAAAAAGCCUAGACAGUUUGAUCUUUACGAAACUACUAAACAUAAAGACUUAAAAGAACAUAUAUUCAUAGAUGUUGCUGCAAAAAACAAUGUUAACAAUACUAUAUUCACAGAAGAUAUUCAAAUUAAAAUGUACGAGGAUAUUUAUAUUGUAAAAACAAGAGAUAAUAUAAUUGAAAAUUUAGAAAUUAAAGGAGAUCUUCAUUUACAUGUAUUACAGCAAAAUGUUGCAUUCUUCCGUCUUUUUCUCUGUGAUGAUGAAAAUAAAGAAAUUGAAUACAAAAUACAUCCUAACGUUAAUAAAUCACAAUUUUUAUCAGAUAAAAUAAUUGCUCAUCGUGAUUCAACAAAACCAUUUCCAGUUAAUACAUCUCUUGGUGUAUUAAAAUGGAGGAUAAAAAAAAAUAAAGAAAUCAACUUACCAUUUAAUGUUAACAUCCAAUCAUAUAACAGCAACGGAUAUAUAAAUAUAUAUGUAGAAUAUGAACUCACAUCAAACAAUUAUGAACUGGAAAACGUGAUAAUAUUUAUUCCAUUUCAAUCUUAUUCUGCUAUUCAAGAGACCAGUGAAGGAAUUACUGUAAACCACGAAAAGAAAUUUUUAGAAUGGCAAGUUUCAGAAAUAAAUUAUCUUAAUAAAUCAGACAGUAAAAACUUCACAAUAAAAAGUGAUAAUAUUGAAUCUUGUUUCCCAAUAUCUGUUAAUUUUAGCAUGAAAACACUUAUAUUUAAUAUCGAUGUUGUUAAAGCUGAAUUAGUAAAUACAGGAAAGACGCUUUCUUUCUCUAAAUCAAUAGCAGUAUCAGGGAAAAUCCUUAUUAAAUAA